AUGAGAAUAUCUCAGAGUUGGAUUUGGCAAUCUUUGUGCAAGCUCAGACAGCUAGCUAGGCCAUUCGUCGUUUGCGAUAUUGGUUCUGGAAUCACGGCAAGCUUUUGGCAUGAAAACUGGACUUCUUUGGGAUCUCUGCUUCUUCUUACAGGAGAACAAGGACCGAGGACUUCGGGUCUACCGAUUGAUGCAGUAGUGAAGGAAGCUAUUGUGAACAACAACUGGUGGAUUCACUCUUUUAGAUCAAGAAACCCGGUUAUUAGCUUACUCAAGAAUUGCUUACCUGAUCCCCAAGCAAUAGUUACUUCAGAAGUGGAUGACUGUUUCCUUUGGCGAAUAGGUGAUGCGCCUCCGACAGCGAGCUUCUCUUCCUCCCUCACUUGGAAUCACCUAUAUGAUAGGCUUCCUGAAGUCACUUGGCAUAGAUCCAUUUGGUUUAAAGGUAGGAUCCCAAAACACGCCUUCCUCUCUUGGUUGAUUGUGCUGAAUAGGUUAUCUACUAAAGACAGAAUGCGGAGUUGGGGGAUAUCGGUCACUCCUACUUGCGUCCUUUGUGGUUUGGCGGAUGAGACUCGUCAACACCUUUUCUCUGAGUGUGAUUACAGUAGAGAGAUCUGUGAUUAUUUCUUCUCCUCGGCUCAUCUCUCCCCUCCUCCUGUGUUUAUGGAUACUAUCCAUUGGAUCAGAGCUCCGACUCGAGACAGUAACAUCAAUUUGAUCCUCAAGCUGGCUUAUCAAGCCUCCCUCUAUGUGAUCUGGAAAGAAAGGAACUCUCGUUUACAUACUCAUUCGUCCAGACCUGCAGCUUCUCUUAUUCAGGAAAUUCAGUGUCUCCUUCGAGCCAAGAUGGACAUCCUGACUAGAGAGCAACGGAACCUUCCGUCGACUGUUACGUUCUUAUCCUCCUGGCGUCGCCUCUUCGAUAGGUAA